GCAUUGGCAAUACUCCUGGGUGGCCUGAACCAGAGGCCGGAAAAUCAUAGGGGAGUAUCCUGGACCUACUCCUACAACAGUGAGGGUGGAGGGAGGGAGAGGAACUGGAGAAGACCCUUGGCCAGGUCGGUAAAUAAUGCCACUGGGCCGGCCCCAAGGCUCAAGUCAACCUGGCGUCCUUGGCAAUAGGAGAAAUGAGCUCUCUCUCUCUCUCUCUCUCUCUCUCUCUCUCUGUCUCUCUCUCUCUGUGUGUGUGUGUGUGUGUGUGUGUGUGUGUGUGUGCCUGUCCCACCUCAGAGCCAGAGGCUUGUGGCUCUGUGUUUGGCACUUUACUUUGGAAAGGGGCUCUGCUCCCUCACCCCAGCCCUAAACUAAUGUCACGACUAUCCAUUCACUGGAGUCUGUUGCCUGGGAGGUAGACAGGGUAAGGACCAGAGAGAUGCUCUAGGUUUCAUUAUUGGUCACUAGCUUCUGAGAGAUCCCCUUUGCUGCAGUAGGUCAGAGGUGAGUCAUGCCUGGGACUUUUGUGUGUGUGUGUGUUGGGGGGGCAGAUAAUAUAAUUCUUCCUCUCCACUCCUGAGUAUAGUAGAAAAAAUUGAGAGUGUUGCCAGACUUGGAGCACACCUUUAAUCUCAGCACUGAAGAGAAAGAGGCAGAUGGAACUCCUUGAGUUCCAGGCCAGCCUAGUCUACAUAGACUGUUCCUGGUCAAUCAGGACUACACAGCAAGACCUGUGUCCAAAAGGCCGGGGUAGGAAGGAUGGAGUCUAGGAGGCACGCCUCCUACCCAGUGUAUAUUUAGGACGAUUCUGGCUGGGGGUCUCCUUGCCAGGAUCUCCCUGCCACUUGAGGUCAACACCUACGCUCUAGCACAGGAACUAAUGGAGUGCUUAGGGACUGGGGCAGUCCUGGGAGGAAGGGCCUCUCAGAGUUACAGGAAGAGCCAGGCAAGGCGGGGCAAGGACCGCUAACAGCCCGCCCCACCAGGGGAAGGGGUGGGUACCUGGGUGGGGUUUAGGCUUAGGAGAGGAUGUGACUGUAAGGCCAGGAAACUAAGGGGGAAAGUUCUGACUAAAAUAUAUAUCAACAAAAGCCAGGUCCUCGCCCAAGCUUGGUGAUGCAUCGUGGGUAGCCACAAUACUGUGGCUCCUUUCUGGGGCCCAGCAGAGGGGACAAUUUGCUCACAAGUUCAUGUUACUGACCUCAAUGACCAUCUAUCUCCCCUCUGGAGGAAAGAUCUGGAAACCAGGUGACUGUGCCCUCCCUGUUGCUCUGAGUGAUCCUGUGGCCUUAUGGUCUGUUCUUGGAGGUACCUUGUCCAGCUGGCUGAAUAGACAGAAAGGAGUCCUUCUCCGCCUCCAGUGGACCCAUCUGCUCGGUUAAGGAGCCCCCGUGGAGCCAGGGGUGGAACCAGUGUUCGGCCUGAAGAGGCCCUGGAAGAGCCAUGGCAGGUGUCUGUGACAGGACCCCUAAUUUCCUCUCCCCAUCUGAAGAUCAGGACUUGAGACCUGCCCUUGGCAGUGCAGUUGCUUUGAAUUGCACAGCGUGGGUGGUCUCUAGGCCCCAGUGUUCCCAGCCCUCAGUACAGUGGCUAAAAGAUGGUCUUCCACUAGGCAAUGAAAGCCGCUUCAGCCUCCAUCAAGACUUUUGGGACAGCGUCAACUUCUCCGAGGUUGUGUCCAGCGUUCUGGUGCUCAACUUGACCAAUGCUGAGGACUAUGGACGUUUCACCUGCUCUGUCUGGAAUGUCAGCUCCCACUCCUUCACUCUUUGGAAAGCUGGCCCUGCUGGCCAUGUGGUUGCCGUGCUGGCCUCCCUCCUGGUCCUGCUGGUGCUGCUGUUGGUGGCCCUGCUCUAUGUUAAGUGUCGCCUGAACGUGCUGCUUUGGUACCAAGACACCUAUGGGGAGGUGGAGAUGAAUGAUGGAAAGUUAUACGAUGCCUACGUGUCCUAUAGCGACUGCCCGGAGGACCGAAAAUUUGUGAAUUUUAUUCUGAAGCCUCAGCUGGAGCGGCGUCGGGGAUAUAAGCUCUUCCUGGAGGACCGCGAUCUCUUGCCGCGCGCGGAGCCCUCUGCCGACCUUCUGGUGAACCUGAGCCGCUGUCGGCGCCUCAUCGUGGUUCUUUCAGACGCCUUCCUGGGCCGGGCUUGGUGUAGCCAGAGUUUCCGGGAGGGACUAUGCCGCCUGCUGGAGCUCACGCGCAGACCUAUCUUCAUCACCUUCGAGGGCCAGAGGCGUGAGCCCAUGCACCCUGCUCUCCGUCUCCUGCGCCAGCACCGCCACCUCGUGACUCUGUUGCUUUGGAAGCCUGGCUCCGUGACGCCUUCCUCCGAUUUUUGGAAAGAACUACAGCUGGCACUGCCACGGAAGGUGCAAUACAGGCCGGUGGAGGGAGACCCCCAAACGCGACUACAAGAUGACAAAGAUCCUAUGCUAAUCGUGAGAGGAAGAACUGCCCAGGGCCGCGCCAUGGAGACAGAGCUGGAUCCAGACCCUGAAGGAGAUCUGGGUGUCCGUGGACCUGUCUUUGGGGAGCCACCAACCUCACUGCAUGCAAGCAGGAUCUCCGGAGAAGGCCCCGGCAGUGAAAUGGACGUCUCUGACCUUGGCUCUCGAAACUACAGUGCACGCACAGACUUCUACUGUCUCGUGUCUGAGGAUGAUGUGUAGCCCUUACCCCAGCAGUCCAGAUCGUGGGGUCAUGGCAGCAAUUUCCAGGGUAGAGGCAGGCACCCCUUCUCCCUAGGACUGUCACCCUUGCCUGUAGCCCCGGAUCCCUCAGGAAGGAGUGUGGCUCCAGGGUCUCACAAAAUAAAAUCCACUUUGCUCCCA